UUGAAAACAAUUAGCAAUAUUAAGAACGAAAACAGUUUUAAAAAACAAUAAUUUAGGCUAGAAUCAUAUUAGAAUUACAACUCGUACCAGAUUACAUGAUGUUUUUAAUUUUGUUUGCUCUGGUUCAAGUUGGAGUUUGCUUUGGUUGGUCAAGUGAUGAGGUCUUUAAUCCUUAUGCUAACCCUAUAAUGGCCUGGAUUUACUCUGAUGUAAGAUGCCAGCCCUAUUACCUGGAACAUACUGACAGAUACUUCUGCACAGAUGACGGUGUAUUCACAUGUGUUAAUGGAUGGACUGGAGAUAACUGUGAUGAACCCGUCUGUCCAAAUGGAUGCAAUUAUGGCAAAUGCGUUGCCCCAGGCAUUUGUAGGUGUGAUAUGGGAUACAACGGUGAAACCUGUCAAUCUUGUAUCAAGCUUGCAACCUGUGUUCAUGGAACUUGUAACACAGCAUUUCAAUGCAAUUGCGACCCUGGCUGGCAGGGAAGAGAUUGCAAUAUUGCCAGCUGCAGUGAUGGUUGUCAUCCGGACUUUGGAUUCUGUGACAGACCUGAUUCAUGCUUAUGCAAGCAUGGUAGUGGUAUGCAAGGACCUAAUUGUACUGAAUGUAUAGCCAAAGAAGGAUGUUGUCAUGGAAGUUGCACUAAUCCUGGAGAAUGCAACUGUGAUCCUAAACUAUGGUCUGGACAUCUUUGUGAUCAUCCAGUUUGCAGUGAAGGAUGUGAUUGUACACAUGGAUAUUGCAACAAACCUAAUACAUGCAUUUGUAAGCCUGGAUGGCAAGGGGACAACUGUACUGAAUGUGCUCCGUAUCCUUACUGCAAGACUGAUCACACCCUAGAUACUGGAGCUUGUGUUGAUCCUUGGGAGUGUUUGUGCAAAGGGGAAUGGGCCGGACCACUCUGUGAUAUACUAGCCUCUGCACCUAUUGCCGUGAAAAUGGGGGCCUCCGGCAAGUAUGUACUUGCAUAACUUGAGGAUUCUCUGACUUAUGUAAAUCUUGAAUUAUGAAAUUAUUUUGUAAAAAACAAAGAAACGGAACAAUUGCCACCAAUUCUAAUUUUAUUUAAUCUCAUUUAACUUUACAAAUUGAUCUGUUGGACCUUUGACCGUUAGAUUUAAUGGACAUUUUAUAUUUAAGGUCUUUAACCUCAGUUUUCAAAGAUAUAGGGAAUACCAAAUUAGAGUUAGAGGCUUAUGAUCAGUUAUUUUGUUACUUAAUUUAAACAAGAAUAAAUACUAGCAUAUCAAAA